GUGCCAGGACGAGCGCGCUGUGCCCGCGGAGAGAGCGCGGCGCGGGAGGCCGGCGGCCAGCCGGCUGCAUGGCGCGCUGCGAGAGGCUGCGCGGAGCGGCCCUGCACGAGGUGCUGGGCCGGGCGCAGGGGGUCCUGUUCGACUGUGACGGGGUGCUGUGGAACGGCGAGCGCGCCGUGCCGGGCGCCCCGGAGCUGCUGGAGCGGCUGGCGCGGGCCGGCAAGGCGGCUCUGUUUGUGAGCAACAACAGCCGGCGCGCGCGGACCGAGCUGGCCCUCCGCUUCGCGCGCCUCGGCUUCGCGGGGCUGCGCGCCGAGCAGCUCUUCAGCUCCGCGCUGUGCGCCGCGCGCCUGCUGCGCCAGCGCCUGCCCGGGCCUCCGGGCGCGCCGGGCGCCGUGUUCGUGCUGGGCGGCGAGGGGCUGCGCGCCGAGCUGCGCGCCGCGGGGCUGCGCCUGGCUGGGGACUCGGGUGACGACCCGAGCGCAGGGGACGGCGCGGCCCCGCGCGUGCGCGCCGUGCUCGUGGGCUACGACGAGCACUUCUCCUUCGCCAAGCUGAGCGAGGCGUGCGCGCACCUGCGCGACCCCGAGUGCCUGCUCGUGGCCACCGACCGUGACCCAUGGCACCCGCUGAGCGACGGCAGCCGGACCCCUGGCACCGGGAGCCUGGCCGCUGCGGUGGAGACGGCCUCGGGACGCCAGGCCCUGGUGGUGGGCAAGCCCAGCCCCUACAUGUUCGAGUGCAUCACAGAGAACUUCAGCAUCGACCCCGCACGCACACUUAUGGUGGGUGACCGCCUGGAGACCGACAUCCUGUUCGGCCACCGCUGUGGCAUGACCACCGUGCUCACACUCACAGGAGUCUCCCGCCUAGAAGAGGCCCAGGCCUACCUGGCGGCUGGCCAGCACGACUUCGUGCCCCAUUACUAUGUGGAGAGCGUUGCAGACUUGACAGAGGGCUUGGAGGACUGAGCCCACUGCACCUGCAGCCACAGGCCCGCCCCUCCCCACGCCCUGAUCCUGUAGGUCACGAGCCGUGUUACACACCACCGGCUCCUUGGCCCAGUUCUGCACGGGGGUGGGGCUGGGACCUGGGGAAGGUUUGAGGGACCCUUGCAACCCCCUCCCAGCAGUGGCUGGGCACUCUUUGCUGCCCCAGAAGCUGGUCUCCUACAGAUUCAUCUUGGCCUGACCCAGCCAGGUGGACUUAUUUCCUGCCCUGUCACCUCCCCUCCUUGAAAUCUGGGCCCUGGUGCCCGCUGAAGAUUUCCUCUAGCCCUGAGCACUUAGUCUUCUCCCCCUUCCCUGGGUCUUCUAGAGCUCUCUCUGCCCCUCAGGUCCUGGCCUUUGGGUCCUUGUCAACCAGAGGUCUAGGGAACCACAACCCUUAUUGUCCUGAGUGCCGGCAAAGGCUAAGUGAUAGUGACCUCAUCGAUGUUGGGUCCUGUGGGGUACCAGUUUAGGUUCCUAAGUAACAGUGACCCUUUUCGUCCUGGAGCCCGAGUGGACCAAUCGGAAGCCUAAGUGACGAUGACCCUCGCAUGUCCUAGGUCCCUGGGUGGACCCGUCAGGACCCCAAGUGAUAGUGACCCAGUGGUCUUUUAGAUCCUCAGUAGAACAAUCCAGAAGCCUAAGAGACAGUGGCCCCUUGAUAAUCUGGGUCUCACGGGACCAGCCAGGGGUCCAGGUUUCAGUCCGUAAAUAACAGUGGUCCAUGUCCUGAAGACACCCCUCCUCUACAAAGACUGGGAUGCUCUGGGGCUUCUGUGGCCAAGCCCCACCCUUUCCUGGUCAUGGUACCCGUACAGUGUUGAUGGCCACAGCUCAAAGGGGGCUUUCAUGUCUCCCUGUGCAGUCAGUGUUUGCAGUACCACCUCUCUCCCGUGCCCACUCUCAGCUAUUUAUUUAAUUUAUGUGUGCCAGUGACGGUGGGUGGGGGCUGGGCCUUCCCCGCCACCUCCACCCCUGUUGUGACCUGUCCUUCCGUACUUAAUAAAGUGCGCGUGGGAGUGUU